AUGCGGCGUCGCGGUGGGAAGGCGCUCGGCCGCGUACCUACGGGUUGUCAACGAGAUUCAUUCGAGAUGGCAGUCCUUGUCGUAUGUAGAUGUGUGAGUCGAUGCGCGAUAUGCAAAGCAGGCGAGGCCCCGCCCCGGGCGCCGCCCCCCGCGACGCCCCCCGCGCCCCGCCCGCGUCGACUCGAGUUUAAAACACGUAAAAACCUACCUUGUACCCCUCUCGCGAGUCGUGCCUUCACCCCUGUAUUGUCUCAACUCGGCGCGCAACCCUUCGCUACUCUGCACGUGCUCACGCACACACACAUCAGCGACGUAAUGCAUAACGCAGCAGAUCACGCUCCACCGCUCUCUGCCGCUCUCCGCGACUACACUGUGAUGCGUUUA